AUGGCUCGAAAACGAUCUGAUAAUAAAAAAUGGAAAUCAAGACCAUCACGGAAAAAAACUCAAGCUAAUAGAAACCGUAAACCGUCAAAAAUCCGUAAAAAUAACACAAAAUUAUCUACUCCAACGAAACCCUCUCGACUGAGAAGAAAAGCAAACAGUAGUCAACAAGUCUGUUCAAUUUCAUCAGUAAGUCUUAACGAAAACAUACCUGAAGAAGUUUUUGAUACCCAAAUACAUAAUUUUCUCAGUGAAAGAUAUUUAUCUGAAAUUCGACAACCGUGGUAUUCUUGUAAAUGUUGUACUUGUGAACAGCCAUUGUGUAACAUACGAACAGCAAAGAAAGAACACGAAAAAUAUCAUGAUUGUUUUGUUGGUGAUACAAUUUGUUCAUUUUGUUAUGAUUUUAUUGCAAAAUGUGAUGUACCUUUUUGUCCACAUUCUCAUUUUCGAAAUAUUUUAGAAAUUCCCAAAACACCAACGUCUUUAAAAUUAGGCUUUCUCGAACAGAGAGCUAUAGCACUUAUGCAUUGCUAUAUGAGUAUUUUAAUCGUUCGUGGUCAUCAAUCAGCAAUGAAAGGACAAGUAGUCCAUUGCCAUGUUGAUGUUGCUGAUAAUAUAGGCGAUCUUUUACCACUACCAAAAUGUUAUGAAUUUAUGGCAGUUAUUCAACAAAAACCGAUGAAUGAAAAUGGUGAAAUAAGAUCAACAGUUAGAUACUCAGUUAGUGCCAUUCAAAUUCUUCGUGCCAUUCAAUAUCUUAUCCAACAUCACAUUGGAUAUAGAAACAAACAAGUUCUUCCUCUGGAAAAAAUUGAAGAGAUGUUUCAAUGUAGAAAAGAAGACGUUGCGCCUAUUCGAAUUAUUGAUUCAUAUGCCUAUAAUAAUUCGACAACGUCUGCUCCGAUUGUUCUUGAUGCUGAUGAAGCUGUUUUUGGUCCUAGUCGUACUCUCAAAGCAGGUGAAGAUCCUAUUUGGCAAAUUCAGCCUGGUAUGGAAGAAUGCACUUUUCCAUGGAUUUAUCCAACAGGAGAAGGUGGAGAACUUGAUGCCAAACGACCUAUUCCACUUAAACUUCGUGACUAUUCUAUUGGGAAAGCUGUUCGAGGUACAGCUGCUUUCUGGUCUGUCCCUAGAAAAAUUCUACGCUCAAUGUAUGCAACACUAUCCAAGCCAAAUAUUUUUUUGAGUAUUAAUUUACAAGAUGAUGUGGAAUUUUUGACUCAUAUUGAUCCAACUCGAUUUGGUAAUGUGAACAAUCCAAAUUAUGAUGCAAUUGACUCUUUGCCUGAUGAUGAUUAUUUACAACUGGUUAACGAGAAUAGUGCACUAGUAGCACGAAUGUGUCAUCGACGAAUGCUUGCAUUUGAAAAAUUUAUUAGUGAUAAGAAGCAUCCUUUUUUCAUUGUGUACAUCGUCACAAAUUAUUUCUUUAAAAUUGAAUUUCAACGUGAUGGUCUCCCUCAUCUUCAUACGUUACUUUGGCUUGAUAAUUUUCCUUCUAUUGAUACAGUAGAAGGACGAAAAAGUGUUAUAGAAUUUAUAGAUAAAUUCCUGAGUACCUGCUUACCAGAUAAACAAGAAGAUCCUGAAGGUAGUUGUAAAGUUCGUAUACGUCGAGGACGCAAAUUUAAAGAUGAAAAAAUACAAAAAAAUAUUAAAGAAUCUCAAAUAAAAGAUAUCAAUAAAAAUUAUUUACAUCAAAAUGAAAUAUAUGAACAAGUUGAUCCAAACAAUGAUCCUGAUCUUUUACAAUUAGCGAAAGAUAAAAAGGAAUUUUUUGAACGAUUGGGAUGUCGUUUUGGAAGUCCUUUUGAAUUGGCUAAUGGAACACAUUUUCGAACAUACAAAGAAGCCCACAUAUUGACAAGAGGUGAUCGAGAUAUUAUUAUAAAAAGAUUAACUGAAGAAGUGAGUUUAAUUGGUAAAAUUUCUUUAUUUUGA